AUGUAUUCAAUAUGUAUAUUAUUAUUAAUGCUCAUAACAAAAGACUGUUCAAGCCAAGAUGAUGUAGGACCGUAUAGGGGAAAGUUUAUAGGAAAACUGAAUUCAUAUCAUCACCAGGUGUCAGGUGAUGUGUAUGCUGUUGAUGACUGGACGAUAUUACUCGUGGACUUCAAUUACGACGGCACCGGAGAUGACACUUUCUUCUGGGCUGGAGACUCUGGCAGGCCGGGGCCUCUCGGUUUCAUUGUUGCUGACCAACAUGGCAAGACGAACAUCCUGGAGCGCUACAACAAUGAGGAGGUACAGCUGAAGCUGCCGGAUGGCAAGCGAGUGUCUCGCAUUACGUGGUUUGCCGUGUAUGACCUUGCUUCGCAGAACGCCUUCGGAGACGUCUACAUACCUGAGGACUUCGAGGCCCCUGCGCCACAAACACUCACCCCACUUGUGGCUUCGCCUGGGGUUAAAGUGUCUAGCCAGCCCAUUAAGUUCCUGGAUGCCUCUACUUUUGUUAUUCCAGAGUUCCACUACGAUGGCAGCGGUGAAGAGGUGUACUUCUGGACCGGCGUGGGCCCGCAGCCUUCGUCCCGAGGCAUUAAAAUACCAGAUGAGGACGGAUACCUGGAGCCGCUGCGCGCGUACGGCGGCGAGGACGUGCGGCUGACGCUGCCGGGCGGGCGCACGGCGCUGGACGUGCACUGGCUGGCGCUGUGGGACGCGCGCGCGCGCACCGCGCUGGCGGCCGCGCUGCUGCCCGCCGCGCUCAACGUGCCGCCCGCCGCCGCGCGCGCGCUGCCCGCCGCCAGCGCGCUGCCGCGCUGCCGCCAGCUGCACCGCGACUUCCAGGCCUCCUGGGACAUCCACGGCAACCAGAUCACCAUCCAGCUGGCCGCGCUGCUGCGCGCCGACGAGUACAUGGCGUUCGGCAUCUCGGGCUCUUUGAGCGGCUCGCGCAUGCUGGGCGCCGACGUGGCGGUGGCGUGGUUCGACGAGCGCCUGCAGCGCGGCCUGGCCACCGACUACAACAUCACGGCGCUGGCGCCCUGCGUGCAGACGCUGGGCCAGUGGCGCGGCGUGUGUCGCGACGACCGCCUGGGCGGCCUGGACUCGCAUCAGGUGCUGAGCGCUAGCCGAGAUGGGGAGCUCACGAUCGUGCGUUACCGCCGAGGCCUGCAGCCAGCGGAGGAGCUGGACCGCGAGUGGCCCGUCGACCGCUCAGUGUUUGUCGUGUGGGCUAUAGGGGGCCUCGACCACGUCCAGGAGCCCGCCUUCCACCGCCUGUGGCCGGCCAGCGACCUGCAGCUGGUACUCAAACAGAAGGAGGACGAUAGCGACUGCGUCCCCUUCACCACGGGGGCGAGCGCGCGGCCGGCGGGCUGGGAGCGCGCGUCGCUGUCGGACCCCGCGCUGCGCGUGUUCCGCGCCGCGCUCGGGCCGGCCGGCGGCCCGCGCGGGCUGGCGGCGCGCCUGGGCGCCGCGCCGGCGCUGGCGUGGUACGUCAACGGGCAGCUGGCGCCCGACCUCACGCUGCGGCGCGGCCUGGCCUACUCGUUCCUCGUGAGCGGCGGCGACGACCCGCACUCGGCCGAGCUGUACCACCCGCUGGUGCUGACGGCCGAGCGCCACGGCGGCCUGGAGCGCCUGGGCGAGGCGCAGCAGCGGCGCGUGCGCGUGCUGGCGGGCGCGCGGCCGACGCGGCGCGGGCGCCUGCGGCCCGCGGCGGCGGGCGCGCUGUGCCUGGCGCGCCGCGCGCCCGGCGCCGACCCGCGCCGCGACGCCUUCGACUCCUUCCGCGCCUUCAACCGCUCGCUGCGCUGGGCCUGCGCCGGCCGCCCCGCCGUGCUCACCGUCACGCCCAACUCCUCGUGGCCGGACCGCGUCUACUACCACUCCUUCACGCACGCCGACAUGGGCGGGCGCGUGUUCGUGGUGGACCGCCACCGCCGCACCGCCGCGCGCUCCCCCGCGCCGCGCCCCGCGCCCGCCGCCGUCGCCGUCCCGCUCGCACUCGCGCUGGCGCUGCGGCGCGCGCUCUGA